CUUGAUCUGGGACUCUCAUCUCCUCAUGCACUGGACUGAACCCUAAUCCUGAGUAAUAUCUUGAACACACUCUUGUUCUCUCAAUGUCCUCCUCGGCUGAAUUCUUCCGCAUCCCCGCGGCGGUUAUCCGUCGCACCGCACCUCGUCUCAGUUCCACUCUUGGCCCCCUGGCCAACCGACCGGCCAUCCCAGGGAAACUGGCCGCAAUCUCUCGGGGAAAACUCCAGCGUGAAACUGAAUCUCAAACCCCAGACCUCCGUCGGUGUCUGGGUCACCACCACAUCUUCCGUCGCUGCGUCGCAGCCGAAGAAGAAGACAACGCACGAUAUCGUCGCGAAACCUACGAAGAGGAUGACGACGGAGAAUACUAUCACCGCCACUCUACAAGCCGGCGCGACUCGGACUCCACUCCCAUCCGUACCCAGAUCACCAAGGCUGUCAAAGCCAUGGUGCGACGUCGCGAUGCCGACAACAACUCCAUGCCCGACAAUGGCCUCGUGCGCAUGUCCUCCAACCGUGCCUCAGAGAAAUCACGACCCUCCAUCAGACACAGCCGCCAUCAUAUAUCCAUGUUCGGCUUGCGACGGCUGAUUGCCUCGCAGCAGACGACCUUCCAGCCGCAAGCACAGGCUGUGGCUUAAUAACAUCGAGUCGUAUGAGUCAUGGCCGAACAACCUCAACAACCCGCUGUCACGACUCGACUCGUGACACACUACAUUCUUUUUCAUUUUCCCAUUUGAAGCGAAGCUUUGGUAAUCUGACGAUCCAUGAAUUAUGAGUAUGAAGUUAUGUUUUGUGAUUUACAAUCAAAUCCUUUGUAUAUAUCCCAGUGCUCACGCCUGGGGAUUGAAAGAUAAUAUCGAGAGAACCAUAUUUAAAGUAAGGUACUAUUUACAUCCAAUGUUAUUCUGAC